GGCAGUGUUGCGCAGCUCCCUGGAAGCCUUUCCUUGCAGACAAAUGGCGUCUCUUCUGCGAGCACCAGCUGGUUCCCCGCCUAGCGAGGCAGCAGGGACGGAGGAGAGGUAAACACACCGCCCCCGGAUUUCCUUGCAGCAGAAUAGUUUGUUGUUUUCAGCGGGAUCUGCGUCGCAUCCUGACGGCUGGACGUUGUUUCCUCCCCGGAAAUCGAGAGCUAGAGCCCCGCUGUUCCGAUGUUAAAACAACCCCCUCCCUGCUAAAGAGGAGAGGAUCAGCUGCACCCUGGGCUCCCCGCUGCUUCUGCUUGUUUUCGGACGUUGUUGGUGUCCUUGCGUCGCUUCAGGGCCCGGACUCAGGCGUUAUUUAGCCUCAAUAGUGGGUCAAAUGUUUCCACCCCGACAUCUCUGGGAUACAUGAAGAUGGGCAUCACUCCUCCACAGAUGCCCUCCCCCUGCCUGCCUGCCUGUCUGUCUGACUGACUGACUGUCUGUCUGUCUGACUGACUGAAUGACUGCUCGGCAGCGUUAAUCCAAUUCAGGAGAUCAUCUUUUCAACCCUCCUGAGGUCACACCAUUGAGACGGCGUUAUCCCAGCAAGCCAGCUCUGUGGUCGUAAAGAUGACCACAGCGCGGUACCGCCCCACGUGGGAGUUGGCCGUGGACCCCCUGGUGUCCUGUAAGCUGUGCCUUGGAGAGUUCCCCCUGGAGCAGAUGACCACCAUCACGCAGUGCCAAUGUGUCUUCUGCACACUGUGCCUGAAGCAGUAUGUGGAGCUUCUGAUUAAAGAAGGCCUUGAAACUGCAAUUAGCUGUCCUGACUCUGCCUGUCCUAAAAGAGGACAUUUGCAGGAAAAUGAGAUUGAGUGCAUGGUGGCCGCAGAGAUGAUGCAGAGGUACAAGAAGCUGCAGUUUGAGCGUGAGGUUCUACUGGACCCGUGCAGAACGUGGUGCCCGUCAUCGACCUGCCAGGCCGUAUGCCAGCUUAAGGAAACAGAUUCUCCAGCUUUGCCCCAGUUGGUUCAGUGUGCUGUUUGUACCCUGGAGUUCUGCUCAGCCUGCAAGGCCAACUGGCACCCUGGGCAGGCCUGUCAGGAGAGCAACCUGCCCAUUGCCUCCUUCCUCCCAGGAGAAAACAGCUCUUUCUAUAAGAAUGAAGAGGACGAUGCCCCCAUCAAACGCUGUCCUAAGUGUAAAGUUUACAUCGAGAGAGAUGAAGGCUGCGCACAGAUGAUGUGCAAGAACUGUAAACAUGCCUUCUGCUGGUACUGUCUGGAGUCCUUGGAUGAUGACUUCCUACUGAUCCACUACGACAAAGGACCGUGUCGGAACAAACUGGGCCACUCCAGGGCGUCUGUUAUCUGGCACAGAACGCAGGUCGUGGGGAUCUUCGCUGGCUUUGGCCUGCUCCUGCUGGUCGCCUCCCCCUUCCUCCUGCUGGCCACUCCCAUCGUCCUCUGCUGCAAGUGCAAGUGCAGCAAAGGCGACGACGACCCGCUGCCGACCUAAGGGCCUCAGCGGAUUUGGCGUCGACAAGGACGGGUCACAUCUUAUUUCUGUCAAGUUUCACCACUUUCCAUUCUUUUUCCUCCCACCAGUUUGAGGGAGCUUCAUUUUUCUGAGCUGGGUGUGAAGCUGCUCCGGCCGCUUUGGGAUCCAUAGCUCUGCAUGAGGAGGCCAGAAAAGACAGUCUAGGUGAUCCUUCAAAGAGAGGUGCAGGGUGAAAUCUGAGGGACAGUGAGACCACUGCAGUUGGGACUUUGGAGGUCUGGAAAUAAGAAGAAAGUCUGCUCUUAUUUUUGAUCUUGUAAUAAUUGUGGGUAAUCCUAAACGCAGAAAACAUUUCUGCUGAAUGGACGCUGUUGCCACCUACAAAAGGACAUCUGCUUUAUUUCUCUGUUUGUUGGUUUGUUGUAAACACGCAAAAGCUUUUCCUUACCACCACACCCAAUGUAGCUCCAUAGAUUCAGCCGGUAGCAGAGGAGAGGUGCGCCACGCAUGCUUGGUGUCCACUGAGCAUGGUUCCUUAGUCAUGGUUGUGACUGAGCAAGAGAUGGGAGGCUCUCAGCUCUCUGUACAGAACGUCUUCUUGAUGAUGUCAAUGUUUUAUAACCUUGUGCUUUUAGUAGAACUGUGCUGAGAGUCGUGUGUGUCUUGUAUAUUACAGUUCUUUUGCAGUUGUUAGGUAGACGUAUUAAAGAGGAUUGCCACUCAAGUCUAAGAAAAAUAUUAUUUCUUUUUGUGGAUAAAAUAAAAUGAUGCCUCGGCUUUUUUAAUUAUUGAUGCUUUCUUGUUUAGGUCAUCACCUGGAAUUCCUCAAGACAUCUAAUUGGUACCAAACUGAGUGGCGCUCCCCUUUAUGUCUAGCAGUGACUUUCUUUUUUAGAGGAUUUUGUAUCCACGUUAUUGUGGAAAGAUUUUAGGACCUUAUUCAAAGUGUUCAGGCCUAAGAUGAAAGUUUAGCCAAAUAGAAUUUGAAAGCCUUAAAUGGCCUAAAUCAGGCGGUUCCCCCUGUGCAUUGAGAGUAAAACCUCAGUUCCUAGUGAAACCGAUUCUAUGAUGUCAUCAGUGUGCCACUAUGUUGAUAGUCAUUGUGUAAAAGAAUAAAAGUUUUUAUGACCCCAGGUUUUUAAUUGCUAAAGGUAUUUUAGGCAGAGGGGCUCAUCAACAUGCAUUCAACCAUCAAUGUUUCUGAAACUCUGCAAGUUUAUGAGUUCAGGAUCAGAGUUCAAGGUUCAGAGUUCAUAAGCAGCAGUUCUGUGCUCAGGUGUUGGAAAACCUUGAUGAGCAAAUAUUACAGAAUGUUACAUUAUUUAGGCUCACCAGUUUUAAGGCUGAUCAUUACUGUAAUACUUCAUCUAUGCAAGACUGUACAUCAUGGUCACAUUUUAACAGUGUAUUAUUACAGAUUUGUUAAAUAAGGUAAUAAUAAUAAGGUAAUACGAAAUUCUCCCCGCAUUAGUGAAAAAAAAGGUUAUUCAGCAACUCAAUUAAAAAUGUUUGUCAUUUCCCACAGAAUGAUAUAUCUGAGGUGUAGGUGUGUUUAUUGAUAAUAAAAAAUUCUGUCUGUCUGAAAAUAGAUUAUUCCAUAGGAGUAAUAAAAAUAUAUUUAAUGCAGAAAUGUUACUGCCUUUACAACCAUGGGGAAGACUGCCAACUUCACAGUUGUCCAAUAGAUAAUUAUUGACUUCUUCCACAAGGAAGGUAAGCCAUGAAAGGUCGUUGCCAAAGAAGCUGGCUGUUCCCAGAGAGAUGUGUCGAAGCAUAGUAAAGGAAAGUUUUGUGGAAGGACAAAGUGUGUAUGUGUCAUCCGUGUGUAAUAAAUCCAUAUAAUAUGAUAUUCCCUUUUAGAAAUUAAUUACUGAAAUAAAUAUAUUAUGAUCUCA